AUGUGUGACCGGAAGAGCUCCAGGAGGCACGCUAGCAAGAAAGAGUCGUCCUCGCGCUCCUCGGAAUCCGGCUCGCGUUCAGCGGAGGCGGCGGAGGUGCUCGUAGCCAUCCCUGAUGUGAAGGAAUUUCUUGCCAAAGCCAAAGAAGAUUUUCUAAAGAAAUGGGAGAAUCCAGCACAGCAAACUGCCGGAUUGGACCACUUUGAGCGUAUCAAGACAUUAGGCACCGGCUCCUUUGGCAGAGUCAUGCUGGUCAAGCACAAAGAGUCAGGCCAGCAUUUUGCCAUGAAGAUACUUGACAAACAAAAGGUGGUAAAACUGAAGCAGAUUGAGCACACCCUGAAUGAGAAACGCAUCCUGCAGGCAGUGAACUUUCCCUUCCUUGUGCGACUAGAGCACUCUUUCAAGGACAACAGUAAUCUCUAUAUGAUAAUGGAGUAUGUGCCCGGAGGCGAAAUGUUCUCCCACUUGAGGAGAAUCGGUAGAUUCAGUGAACCACAUGCCCGCUUCUACGCAGCGCAGAUUGUACUGACCUUCGAGUACCUUCAUUCAUUGGAUCUAAUUUACAGAGAUCUAAAGCCAGAGAACCUGCUUAUCGAUCAUCAGGGUUACAUACAGGUUACGGACUUUGGCUUUGCAAAAAGAGUCAAAGGUCGAACCUGGACGCUUUGUGGGACUCCAGAGUAUCUGGCACCAGAGAUCAUUCUCAGUAAAGGCUACAAUAAAGCUGUGGACUGGUGGGCUCUCGGCGUACUCAUAUAUGAGAUGGCUGCUGGCUACCCGCCCUUCUUUGCAGACCAACCCAUCCAAAUAUAUGAGAAGAUUGUAUCAGGGAAGGUUCGCUUCCCCUCUCACUUCUGCUCGGACCUGAAGGACAUGUUAAGAAACCUUCUGCAGGUGGACCUGACGAAGCGCUUUGGCAACCUCAGGAAUGGUGUCAAUGACAUCAAGGGCCACAGGUGGUUCGCUACCACCGACUGGAUCGCCAUCUACCAGAGGAAGGUGGAGGCUCCCUUUAUCCCUAAAUGCAAAGGCCCCGGCGACACCAGCAACUUUGACGACUACGAUGAGGAAGAAAUCCGAGUGUCCAUCACAGAGAAGUGCUCGAAGGAGUUUGCUGAGUUCUAA